CCAUAUUCAAAUCUAAUCUCCUAAAAAUAAACGUAUCAGAAAAGCAUUGCACUUUCCUCGUGAUUAUAAGCCCACAAUCUCAACAGCAAACCACAACCAAAAAACCCAAAGAAAACAGUUACUUCCUUUUACUAUCAAAAGCAGAGUCCCGCCAGCUUUGCCAAUUUAACGGUGGAGCAUUCAUUCUUGUCCUCUACUGCCCCAAUUUCGUAGCUCCGGAAGCUCCGUCAGACUUCUGAGGUGAAAAUCCAACUGGGUUCUCCUUCCAUGGCUGGGGAGAAGAGAGGCAAACCAGGGCUCAAUAAAGCAUGUUGCCUUCUCAUCGUGAUUGCUGGGAUGGAGCGGUUUGCGUUCAAAGGCGUGGCAUCAAACCUCGUAACCUACUUAACCGACGUAGUUCACAUGAGCAACUCGUCGGCGGCCAAGACGGUGAAUAACUGGUGCGGGUUCACUUCCAUGAUGCCACUACUUGUGGCGUCGCUGGCCGAGUCUUAUUGGGGUCGUUGCUCUACCAUCUUAGCCUCCUGCGUUCUUUACAUUGUGGGACUUGGGGCAUUGACAUCUACAGCACUAACAUGGGGACAAUACGAUUCAAACAGCAUUGGCUACUCCUUCCUCUUCGGCUCACUCUGCCUAAUCUCCCUCGGCCAAGGAGGAUACAACCCAUCUCUCCAAGCCUUUGGAGCAGAGCAAUUGGACAGUGAAGACGAACUCCCCUGCACCAUGGACGACAAGAAGCCCAACCUGAAGAGCUUGUUCUUCCAAUGGUGGUACUUCGGGGUAUGCGCGGGGAGCUUGAUGGGGGUGAUCGUGAUGUCCUACAUUCAGGACACCAUUGGUUGGGUGUUGGGUUUCGCUAUCCCAACCUUAGCAAUGGUUGCUUCCAUGGCGUUGUUCUGCCUCGGAGGAAGCAUUUAUAGGUAUAGAGAGGACGAGGAAGAUGCCAUCUCCAAGAAGUCGUUCCUUGAGAUCUUGAGAAAGGUUAAGGAUGUUGUUUGUAAGGUCAAGGUUUGCAGGAUCAGGUUGUCUGAUGAGAAGACUGAAGCUGCUGAGAUGGAGAUGCAAGAGAAGCCUCUCCAAACUGACAAACACAGCACCCUGAAGCCAGGAACAGAGAAGCAACAACAGCAACCACCAUCAACCAAAUCCAACACCAACUGGAUCCAAAACGCCAAAACAAUACUCAGACUCCUCCCGAUCUGGGCAACCCUGCUGACAUUCGCUGUCAUCUUCCAACAGCCCGCCACCUUCUUCACCAAGCAAGGCAUGACCAUGUCCCGAACCAUCGGUACCGGAAAAACCAAAUUCAUGAUCCCACCGGCGACCCUGCAGAGCUCCAUCACCAUCUCCAUCAUCCUCCUCAUGCCGCUCUACGACAAGCUCCUCAUCCCCUUCGCCCGCCUCGUCACCCGAUCCGAAAAGGGGAUCAGCGUCACACAGCGGAUGGGGAUCGGGAUGUUGCUGUCGAUCGUCGCGAUGGUAAUCGCGGCCUUGGUCGAGGAACAGAGGCUGGAGCAGAGCAGGGGAUCAAAAACAGAGGAAGAGCAAAGCAGGGGAGCAAAAACAGAGGAGGUUGUUGUUGGGAUGAACAUAUUCUGGCUGUUGCCGCAGUACAUUUUGUUGGGGAUUUCGGAUAUAUUCACGGUGGUGGGAAUGCAGGAGUUCUUCUACGGGGAAGUUCCGGUGAAGAUGAGGACUCUGGGGAUUGCGUUGUACACGAGUGUUUUUGGUGUGGGGAGCUUCAUGAGUGCUUUGUUGAUAUGUUUGGUUGAGGUUUCCACGCGGUGGAGGAAUGAGGAGAGCUGGUUUAGCGAUGAUAUGAGGGAAGCGAGGCUGGAUAAGUAUUAUUGGUUGCUGGCCAUUUUGAGCUCGGGGAGCUUGGUGUUGUAUUUGGUACUCUGCAAGGUUUUUUACAGGGGAAGUAGGAGUACUGGUGAUGAGGUGGCGAUGGAGGUGGUGGAGAGUGGUCGUAGUAGUACGGGAUGUACAUGAGAAUUGAGAUGAUGCUUAGAAUGUUUGUUUGAAUCAGGGUUUUGGGAUCCAUGAGGGAGGGAAGUUUGAAAUUAAUUAGGAGUGUAAUGUAAAUAUUGGAUUGAUGAUAAUGAGCACCAUGUCUGAAAAUGACUCGUUUUCUAACCGUGGAUUAGACUUUCGGGUUUUGACAAUGUGUUCUUUCGAUUGAUAAAUGAUUUAGG